UUUUUGUCUGUCUUUCUUCCUCCGAUUGUGAACUUGUCAACCUCACUCAAGAACCAACCAUCAAAUUGCUGGAGAAAAAAAUAAAGUGAAACGAAAAUUUUUCAAAUGGCUAUUUGUAUAUCAAUUAUUGGCAAAGAUAAUGCGCCUAUAUACUUGGCAACAACAGACUUGGAUAAGGAGCUGGAACUUCAAUACCAAGUACAUGCUGCCUUAGAUGUUGUUGAAGAAAAAUGCCUACCCACUCCAAAAGCUACACCUGAAUCUAAAGAACUUUAUUUAGGACUCUUAUACACAACCGAAACUCAUAAAAUCUAUGGCUUUGUGACAAAUACCAAAAUCAAAUUCAUCAUCGUUGUUGACUCUGGAAAUAUUGCUUUAAGAGAAAAUGAAGUGAGAUCGAUGUUUCGAAAUUUGCAAAUAUUGUACACUGACGCUGUGUGUAAUCCAUUCUAUGCCCCUGGAGAGCAACUUACAUCGAGAAAAUUUGACAAGACUGUAAGAAAUAUCAUGAGCGGAAAUUCAUAAAGAAGGCGUGUUAUUAGUUUUUCAUUAAUUUAAAUAAAGCUUAAAAUAAAAACAAAACAAAAUCAACAGAAUAAAAAUACCAAAAUAUGAAAUAUUUAAGUAUUUUUUCUUUUAAAAAUACAACAAUAUCAAUAAAAAUAAUUUGUUAUACUAAAUAAUGCAGAAUGAACAA